AUGGCGAAAAACAGGCUUGAAGAACACCCCUUAGACCACAGGGAACAAUCCGAGUUUUUCUGUCUUGAGGUGUACGUGGCUGAUGUGGAAUCAUGUUCGUUCGCGCACACAAGCGUUACCCCAACCGUGAUCCUGUCUCUCCUCGACUUCGAGCCUUUGGUGUUCGAUCUAUCUCGUACUCCGCCAGCACAACGACAAGCACGCGGAAAGCGAGGACCCGGGUUACGAGAGGUGUCGCAAUGGGAGGAAAAGGACGACCAGCACAACGGCAUUGGAAGGGUCGAAUCCACGAACAACACCUUUCGAGCAUCCAGCGACGGCGCUCAGCACGAUGAUCACCUCUUCAACAACAGAAAAUCGAAGACAACAGCCACGACAACAGUGAAGCACGCAAGCUACGCCGACAACGAGAACGGCCCGUGCCAUCCGAAGCCGUUCUUCUGCAGCAAAGGGAAGUCUUGCAUUUUCACGGCGAACCCCGCAGACCUGUCCCGGGCCCUCCAGACCCAAAGCGCACUCACGUUCCUGGUUGCAUCGAAGCUAUCCCUGCGCCAGGCUGCAAUACACGGGUCGUGCGCCAUCGAUCUGUCCACCUUCGGCCCGAACGCCGAGCUCUCUCACUCCCUUCCCCGGGCCGUGUCAUGUUGGGGGCACCGUACGACUUGCGUGGAAUCGAAGGACCUGAAGGGCGCUACGGUGGCCAGGGCCGGCCUCACCGUUUCUCUCUCCUGCUUGGGGGCAACGGGGUCUUUGAUUCACCUCACUCCGGUAAGGACGGGGGUGGCUUCGUAUCGGGCUUCCGGCAACGGAAGUCCCUCCGCCGCCGCUCCCCCUCGCCCCGACCACUCUACUCCUGACCGGUCGACGCCAGGCGGACUCCCGGUGGUUUCCGACCAGUGGACAACAGAGGGUACACAGCUCGAUGCCCAAGCCCGUGGUCACGCUCCCGUGGCGAAACAGCCGGGAACCGACCAUCUAAUGUGCAGGCACGCUGAGGCGGGGUCCGCUCGUUACGGGGAUGGAAGAACAAAAGAGAGUGGGUCCGGAGCUGGCGGAACGUCGGCCGGUGCAGAGUGUUGGACCUGCGAGUACAACCCCCGAGAUGGACGCCUCGUAGGACCCACGUCUUCGGCCGCGGCAGCCGUCGAGCCCACCGCGGCCGCAACAGUAGCAGGCAGGGACGUUUCUGACGCCGACCUGGGUCCCAAGCGCGGUGGCGCCGUCUCUCCCGGCGACCCCUGCCCUGCGGUGGAGGAAGAAACCGGCGCUGCUGCCGCUGUUGGUGGUCCGCCCGGCGAUUCCGCAGGCGCCGAAGCGGACGGCAACGACGACGCGGAGACGGACACCGAGACGUCGCCGACCCGGGGCGGUGCCUUCACACCACGAGGAGGGGAUCGUCUUCGACCGGAGGGCAGCCGCCGUUCCCUCGGCAACAUCAGCGGCGCCCGGCCGAGCAGUUUCUGCCGACGUGGACUGGCCUCGUCGCGGAAGCUGCGUGGCUUCGCGGCGCGAGUUCUUCAGCGGGACGGGGGCAGAGUGGGUAUAACGGUGGUGGUGGUGGUGGUGGUGACGGCGACGGGGAUGAUCGUGCCAACAUCGCCCAGCAAAAUCGAAUCAUCGGCGAGCUAG